UUUGGUUUUCGCAGGCGAGAGAGUUCUUUUCGUUUAUUUUAUUUACCAUAACUCUGCACAAACAACCAGCGCGCGUUACGUGUUGCACAGAUGUUUGCGGAGCGACGGGGCAAUCAAUAAGCGAACGAUAACUUGGCACUGAGCACUCCACUGGACAUGGACGUGGCGUCUACGAGCAACGCAGGGGAGUCUGCAUCGGCAUCGGUUUCCAUAUCGGCAUCGCCACCCUCCAGCAAUGAGGCAGCAGCGGGCUCGCAGAGCGACGCCUCCGAGGAGGAGGAGUAUCUGGACAACAGCAUCGAGCUGCGGGGCUACCUGAGCAAGUGGACCAACUAUAUCUAUGGAUGGCAGCCGCGUUACAUAGUCCUCAAAGACGGCACCCUCUCCUACUACAAAUCUGAAUCGGAAUCGGACUUUGGGUGUCGCGGAGCCAUCAGCCUAACCAAGGCCACCAUUAAGGCUCACGAAUCUGAUGAACUGCGUUUCGAUGUGGUGGUCAACAACCUUAACAACUGGUGCCUGCGGGCGGAGACCAGCGAGGAUCGUAUGCACUGGGUUGAGGUGCUGCAGCUGUACAAGGAGGACACCGGCAGCACGGAUACCACAUCGCUACGACGCCAUGGCAGCACCAUGAGCCUGCAAUCGAACACCAUCUCCCUAACCAGUGGCGGAAGCCUUAAAAAGACGCAACGCAAUCUGCGGGAAAAGGUAGGCGAACUGGAGACCUUCAAGGACAUUCUAUUCGGACAGAUCGAGACGCUGCAAAGAUACUUUGACGCCUGCUCGGAGUUAAACAAGAACAAUGCUCAGCCCUUGGAUUUGGGUGACGGCCUCAAGUGCAUUGAUUUCAAGGGGGAAUCUAUUACGUUUAGGGCCACAACGUCCGGUGUGCUCACAACAUUGCAGCACUGCCUGGAAAUCAUUGCCGAGAGCGAUGAUUCAUGGAAGCGGAAACUGGAGCGUGAGAUUGAUAAGCGGCGUCGUUCCGAGGACCAGAGCAAAAAAUUCAAGGAGGAAAUCGAGAAAAUGAAACGCUUGUCAUAUCCUGGCCCAGAUUUCGAGGAGGGUCCACAUUCCACAUUGCCCGAGGAUGAGUUCUUCGAUGCGGUCGAAACAGGCCUGGAUAAAAUCGAGGAGGAUAUGCAGCUGCGCUUCAAGCUAAGGCUGCAAUCCCAGAUCUCCCAGACGCUGGUCAAUGUGCCCCACGAGGCGGUGGCCGAGGGUGAAGAGGCACGCGAGGAGUUUGGAACGGGUGCCGAGGCCAAAAGCCAUGCCCUUUGGCCGGAGAUCGAUCGCGUGUGUAAGGAGCAGCUGCACUAUGCACGCGAGGGCGUUGGCCAGGAUGGCAACGGCUGGCAAAUCUUUGCCGACGAGGGUGAGAUCAAAAUGUACAAACGCGAGGAGGAGGUUAAUGGGCUGGUGAUGGACCCCCUGAAGGCAUAUCACACGGUCCAGGGUGUGACGGCCCGGGAGAUGUGCCAUUACUUCUUUAUGCCGGAAUUCCGCAACGACUGGGAGACUACCCUGGAGGACUGCACAAUUCUGGAGAAAAUCUCGGCUGACACCCUGCUCUUUCUGCAAACCCACAAGCGCAUCUGGCCAGCUAGCCAGCGGGAUGCACAAUUCUGGUCGCACAUGCGUAAGAUCACCGACAACCUGGAGGAUGGCGCCCGGGAUAUGUGGGUGGUGUGCAACAAUUCCACGGAGUAUGCCAAGCAGGAGUCAAAGAACGGCAAGUGUGUCCGCAUCUUCCUCACAGUCAUACUAGCCUGCCAGACGCACCUGCCCGAAGGUUAUGUUAAGGGUCAGCCCCUGAAUCGUGAGGAUCUAACCUGCAAAAUAACCUACUGCUCUGUGGUUAAUCCCGGAGGCUGGGCGCCGGCUAGCGCCUUAAGGGCCGUUUACAAGCGCGAGUAUCCCAAGUUUCUGAAGCGCUUUACCGGCUAUGUAAUAGAUCAGUGCAAGGACAAGCCGAUAAUGUUCUGAUAUUUGCCAUAGAAGCCACAAAGCUGAAUUGGACUUAAUCCUUAAGGAGGAGCCAGCGGUAGAGCGCCCGGAAACUCCAGUUUUUUAAACCUUAACCCCGAGCGUGUGUUCUGUAAGCGAAAUGUUGGAAUUCCCAUUUUGUAAUCGCCGUAAAAGCAAACUCUAAGAUUUAAUUGUAACGUGUUUAGGCUUAAGUAAUAGGUGUAAGCGAACACACACAAUCAUUGUAUAGCUCUUAGUCCCGAAACAGUCUAUAUAUCUUUUAAUCUGUAAUGUAUAUCUAUGAAAAUGCUUUAAAUGCAACAAUUGCAACGUGAAGGAUGUCUGAGGAAGCUUACCUUUCGGUGUGAAUCUAUACUAUAUAUCUGAGGCAACUCUCUCUCUUUUACUCAACUCUGUCUAAUGUAAAUAAAAGCCACUUAUUGUUAUCUCCCA